UCUCCUGCGACUCUCACACCUUUCUCGCCUGCCUUGCGUUCCAGCCAACAGCACUGGCCAGACCGAUCACGUAGGAUCCAACCACUACAGCGCACACUCUACCAACUCUCAAUCACCCAGCUCGCUCGUUGUGCAGUAACAUACCUACUGGAUCACUUACCGCCCAAGGUAUAGCAUUCGAGAAGUUGGCACUACACGAGCAUACUCGCACAGGACAUCAAUGCGGGCGGGUGGCAUUGUCGUUGCAACAACUGCGGCGCUCCUGGUAGGGGCGCUGCCACUCGUAGCCGGUCAUGGCGACGGGGAUAUGGGCAUGGGCAUGGGCAUGGAUAUGGAUAUGAGCAGUCCGUCGCCAAGCGCAGAUGGGCAUGCCGGACAACCCGAGAGCUAUUUCAGACUGGGCCAAUACACAGGCUGGAUACUGGCGCAUAUUGCGCUUAUGGUCAUUGCUUGGGUCGUCGUAUUACCGCCUGCACUUCUGCUCAGUGUCGCUCGGUCACGGUACAACCUACCUGCGCAGGUGCUGUUCCACAUCGUCAACGGUCUAGGCAUGUUUACUGGCUUUGUUUACAACCAUUCGACGCCAGAUCUGUAUGAGAAGAACGCCCAUCAUCCUCUCGGAUGGAUCAUUUCAUCCGUCACUGUCCUUUGGACGAUCUUCUCCGUCUUCACGGCGUACAGCGAUUACCGGAGCAGACGCGCAGCACCUGAGCAGAGACCAUCGCUCGCAAGCAUGGCACAGUAUAGCGUGCUCCAGCAAUACAACGAGCAAGAGUCUAUGAGGCUGUCCAGAGACUCGGGCCUGGGUAGCUCCCGGCAGAACAGCUCGGACUCGGUCUACCAGAAGCCCAAAGAGCCCCAAUCACCGACUGGCGAGCAAGACGACAAUAGUGAUAGUGACAUCGAGGAGCCGGAGCGAAGCGGCUUUCUGGGAAACAAUGGGAUCGAUCGCUUCAUGUCGCGCUACGUCCAGCGCAUGUCCACACCUCGCGCAUCAACAAUCAUCGGCGGCGCACAGGCCUUCCUCGAGAAGGUGUUGUUGCUCCUGGGAUUCGCAGCUUUCUGCACUGGCUUCAUCACCUACGGUGGCAUAGCUCGCGGCGUCCAGGUCUUCUCCAUUGCUGCGCACUUUGUCAAAGGCGGUAUCUUCUUCUGGUACGGCCUGCUCACGCUUGGCAGGUGGAUGGGCGCCUUCGGCGAGUUCGGAUGGGCGUGGAACAUUCGCCCAGACUACCCUGUCGUUCCACAAUGGAAGACGCGCAUUCCUUCGGCAGAGUUCAUCGAGUCCUUCGUGAUCUGGCUAUACGGCGCCAGCAAUGUCUUCCUCGAGCACCUCGACAACCCGGGCGCAGAAUGGACGCCACAAACCUUCGAGCAUGUCAGCAUCACCGUGCUAUUCUUUGGCGGUGGCUUGCUCGGCAUGCUCAUCGAAUCCAAGUGGAUUCGUGAAUUUAUGAACACAGGUGUUGUCCGGGUCGGAGACACGGCCGUGACCGAAGAAGAUGUCUGGCAAGAGCCGAAGACAUACAACCUCUCCCUCAACCCAAUGCCGGCACUUGUCAUCAUGAUCUUGGGUAUAAUGAUGUCGGCGCACCACCAGAACAGUAUGGUGAGCACGAUGAUGCACAGUCAGUGGGGCACGCUCUUCUUCGCUUUCGCCGUUGCGAGAGCGGCGACAUACCUUCUCCUCUACCUGAAGCCACCGACCUCGCAUUUCUCUGCUCGACCGCCGAGCGAGCUGGUCGCAUCGUUCUGUCUCACUAGUGGUGGGCUCAUGUUCAUGGUCAGCGCACACGACACCGUGUGGGCUGUGGAGUCCAACGGACUCGACGCCAUGACCAUCUUUACCGUGACGAUGGGUCUGACGGGCAUUGUGCUUGCGUGGGAGAUUGUGUGCUUCGCCAUCAAAGGAUGGGCUGUGCGGAGGGAAAGGGCUGGGGCUGGGAACGCGCUUUUGUAA